AUGCGCUUCAACGUCAUCCUCAUUGCUGCUGGUCUGGCCACCACCGCCGUCGCCUCCUCAUACAACAACUACAACUACGCCCGCGACGUUGAAUCUUACAACGACGAGGUCUACGAGCGCGACGUCUACGAGCGCGACGAGGAGCUGGUUGCCAACUUCCUCCGAAGCCUCGACGACGACCAGCUGGUCGCCAUUGCCCGCCGCAACCCCGGCGAUGCCGCCAAGAAGGCCGUCAAGCAGGUCAAGUACGCCGGCCACCAGACCAAGGGCAACCUCAAGGGCGCCGUCAGCCGCGUCCUGCCUUUCGUCAAGUUCAAGAACCAGGUCAAGAAGUCCGGCGUUCGCAAGCCCAUCUCUAAAUAA